AUGGCGCUCCUCGGCCUGCUCGAAACCUACCGAGAUCCGCUCGCCUUUGUGGCUGCCCUCUCCGCGGUGUUUUACCUUCUCUCCUGCCUGCACCGACGAUGGCGACGGUACCAGUUUGCAAAGGAGAACGGAUGCGAACCGGUCGUGGGAAAGAUCCCUAGCUAUGAUCCUUUUCUAUCGCUCGACAGACUCUAUCGCUUGACCAAGCUGGCCAGAAACCGCAAGUUGCUGGAAAACAACGUUCAGCGGUUCAAGGAAUUUGGCAAUACCCAUCGAGCCAAACGCAUCACCACGCCGAUGAUCGUGACGCGCGAUCCGCAAAAUAUAAAGGCUAUUCUUUCACUGAAGUUUGGUGACUAUAGCAUGGGCGAUAGGAUCAGGAUUUUUGGCCCUCUCCUGGGCCACGGCAUCUUCACCUCUGACGGCGAGGACUGGGCCCGAUCCCGCCAUAUGAUCCGCCCCAACUUCGUCAAAGAACAAGUCGCGCACCUUGAGAUUUUCGAAGAACUCAUGGACGACCUCUUUGCCCUUAUACCGACCGACGGCAGCACUGUCGAUCUUCAGGAACUAUUUUUCGGCUUCACGAUCGACUCUGCGACUGAAUUUCUUUGCGGCCAUAAUGUUCAUAGUCUGAAGAAGCGGCGAUCAGGGGUUAUAGAUGACGAGCCGGACUUCGCUGAAGCUUUCAACUACUCGCUUGACAACAUCUCGAAGAAUGGCCGUUUUGGCCCACUGAUGUUUCUGAAUCGUGACCCGAAAGCUGUUGAAUCGCAUCGCAUUUGUCACGAGAGCAUGGACCAGUUCGUAGACAAGGCUAUCAGAAUGCGCGAGAGAUAUAAUGAAGAGAAGAUUGUCGACGAGGCUGCAGAGCGCAGGUACAUGUUCCUUUACGGAUUGGCUCAGCAAACCGGCGACCGGAGGCGAAUCCGUGAUGAAGUUUUGAAUAUCCUCUUAGCAGGUCGCGACACGACGGCUUCGCUUCUGAGCAACAUGUUCUUUCUGCUGGCAAAACAUCCAAGCACCUGGGCGAAACUGCAGGAGGAGGUCGCUACACUUGAAGGCCGUGCUCCGACUUACGAGCAGCUGCGGAAUAUGAAGUACCUUAAAUACUGUCUCAACGAAACGCUCCGUCUCUUCCCUGUCGUUCCGGUCAACUCACGCACCGCCAUCAGAGACACGGUCCUUCCCGUUGGUGGUGGCCCAGACGGCCAGUCGCCCGCUUUUGUGCCCAAGGGCACGAUGGUCGCGUACAGUGUCUACGCCAUGCAUCGCCGAGAAGAUUAUUAUGGGGCUGAUGCCGAAGAGUUCCGUCCCGAGCGUUGGGCCGAUCUACGACCCGGUUGGGAAUACCUGCCGUUUAAUGGAGGCCCUCGGAUUUGCGUAGGCCAGCAGUAUGCCUUAACUGAAGCAGCGUAUGUCACAACGCGACUCGCUCAGCGAUACUCAAUUCUGGAGAGUCGUGAUCCUGGCCCAUGGGAGGAAAAGCUGACGUUGACGUUGUGCUCGUAUAAUGGAACCCAAGUCAGUCUUCGGCAUUAA